AUGAUGACUUCCUGUUUUGGAAUGUAAACGAAGGUGUAAAACAGUUAAAUGCAAAAUGAUACGAUAUCGUGGGGCUGUUUUGCCCAUGAUAUGUAUCCUUAUGUGCUGUUUAGUAAAAUUUUCUCAUGAGAAUCAGGUCUUAGUCAGUACUCGCCAUGGCUCAGUGAGAGGUUUCAGCAUUCCCUCUCACUAUUCAAGAUAUGAUAACAGAAGAAUUAAUGUAUUCCUUGGUGUCCCAUAUGCGAAAAGACUAACACAAUAUCUAGACUGGCGUAGAGAGUUCCGUUUCAAUAGACCAGAUAAACCAAGUUGGUCAGGGACUUGGGAUGCCAGUUAUUACAGACCUGCCUGCCCGCAACAUAUGUGGCAUGUCAAAGAAACUGUCCCAGGGUUCUCCAAACAAAAUGUCAGUGAAGACUGUCUUUACAUGAACAUAUUUGUACCUCAUGAUACAGAUGAAAUUCCCAGUAACAGUCCUACAUUGUAUCCUGUUAUGGUGUUUAUACAUGGUGGUGGGUUUGUUGUUGGAGCAUCACAACAGUAUCCGGGAGUAUUUCUGGCAGAGAGAAAGAUAGUAGUUGUCACAUUUAAUUAUAGGCUUGGACCACUUGGAUUUCUGAGCACUAACUCUAGAGAUGCAUGGGGAAAUUAUGGAAUGUGGGAUCAAAUAAGAGCAUUGGAAUUUGUUAAAGAGAAUAUUGAAGCAUUUCGUGGAAAUCCUAAUUUAGUUACAAUUGCUGGACAAAGUACAGGAGCAGCUUGUGUCGGACUUCACCUCUUGUCUCCAAGAUCUAACAGAUUAUUUGUGAGAGCUAUCAUGCAGAGUGGAUCUGAUCUUAGUGAAUGGGCCAUUAUUAAGUCUAAUGAUGAUGCAAAGUCCUAUGCUAUAGAUCUAGCAAUGGAAAUAGGUUGUCCUACUGGAGACAUGUCUAGAUUGGUUAACUGUCUACAAGUAUCUAGAACAGCUGAUGAAAUUGUAAAUGCCUCAUCAUUGGUUAGACUGAAGCCUGCAUCAGUAGGAAAUCCAUGGGGACCUGUUGUGGACAUUGGACAGGGAGCCAUGUGGGCUUUCCUUCCUGAAACUCCAAGGUCAAUGAGAAGUCAAGAAAGAUUCAAAUUAUUUGAAGUUAUGGCAGGACUCAAUAAGGAUGAUGGAUCAUAUUUCAUACCUAAUGUACGAGAUUUAGAAGAAGGAAUUGAAAGUAAUAAAUUUAGUAACAUUAUCAAUGAAUUCCUGACUGAUAGAAAUGUGGAAGAUUUAUUCAACACAAAAGAUGCUUUAGAGUUUGAGUAUACAUGGUGGCCACAGCCAGGAAAUAAGUCUAUGAUCAGACAGAUGUUAAUGGAUAUGAUGACAGACUACAUGUUUGGUACAGGUCUUGAUGAAGUGGUGAAAGGGCAGGCCAAACACAAUAAAACAUAUGUUUAUAACUUCAACUAUUACUCAUGGAAUGAUUAUUUACCACCAUGGAGAGGUAUAGCUCAUGGACAGGAGUUACAGUACAUGUUUGGAUUUCCAUACAUAAAUACAACAUACAAGGAACUGUUUGGAGUAUACCCACGACAGCAGUAUGAUUAUCAGGAUAGAAAUGUCAGUGAAUAUAUGAUUAGUAUGUGGACAAACUUUACUGCAUCAGGAAAUCCUACACCAAAGACUUUUGAUACAGCUCUACAUUUUAAAAAUGUUACCUGGUUACAGUAUAAUAACUUCAAUCACAGCUAUUUAGAGAUAGGAAAUAAGUCUCGUAAUUUGAUUAACUAUAGGCAGAAUCAUUAUGGCUUUUGGAGAAAGUAUUUUCCACAGCUUUAUAACAGACCUAACUUCAUAAAGAAUACAGAUUCAUCGAGUACAGAUGACAAGCAGAAGAAUUAUCAGAUAGCCACAUACUCCUUAGUAGGUGUAGCUGUAUUAUUAUCAGUUAUAGUGCUCUCAUUAUGUAUAGUAGUUUACAGGAGGAGGCCAAAGGACUACUAAUUAUGUUUUAGAUGAGGAUUCUGUCUUUUUAUUUGAAAAUUGUAGGUGUAUGAGAUUAUGUACAGUUAAAAAAUAUAAUAUACUGAAAUAUAUAAUAUAUCUUCUUUGUAAAAUAUCUUAAUUAUUGUGUUUAUAGGCAUUUAAAGUGAAACUUUUGCAUCCCUACUAAUAGGCAUUGGUGGCAAUUUUUAGAAUGUAAUCUGUUUUCAGUAGACUCAAAUGUAUUCACAAAUAUUCCAAUUUUAAGCUGGAAAAUAUAAUAUUUAUGAUUCAUCUUGAGUGCAACAGUUAUUUUGAUAAUUACUAGAGGCUGCAUGUCAAUGUAUGGUUGUUCUUUGGAUUAGUAAUAUAUAUAAUAAGUACAGGAAUACCAAUUCGAUAAGCAAUUUUUUUUCUGGAAGUUAUGGAUUUUCUGUACAUAAUAGCACCCUCACUAGUAUGAAAAUGAACUAUAGUCAAUAAGUUUAAGGUGGCAAAUAUUGGUUUGAUAAUUCUGUUUAAUUCUAUUUUCUAUACUAAAAAAACUUCAAAUGAAACAUCAUAAAGAUCAAGCUUCUUCAAAGAUUUAAAAUCACAUAUGCUCAAUUUAUAUAGUUAGAUUGUAAAUAAAUUAAUGUUCGAUAAAGAAUUUAUUUGGUUGAUCAAUUUAGUAAGUCGGCUACCAGCAUUUUUGUUUUAUUCUUUUGUUUUGAUACAGGUCAGUGCUGAAAUUUAUCAUCAUUAUUUGGAAAUAUUCGUUUAUUUUUUCCUAAAUUAUAAGGGAGUGUUUAUAGAAGUAUAACUUGUAAAAUAAAACACUGUAUAAAUUGUUUAGUACCUGUUUGUGAACUUAAAAAGUGCUGUAUAUGUUAUAUAUUUUGUUACUCAGAUGUGUGUACAAUUAACAGUAGAUGUAAUCAGAUGUAUAUUAUCAUGUAAAUAUUUCCACAAUCUUGAUUUUAAAAUCUUGAUAAAACUGUACCAAUUACAUUUUACCAAAGUCAUUUUUCAGUAUUCAUUGUAAAUUAAUUUUGAUGAUUAUUAUGUUAUUUUGCAUGCCUCUAUUACCAUAAAAAGAAUUUUUGAGGAAACACAAUUAUUUUGUAAAAUCUAUGUACAACAUUUCCAUAUGCUUUCUAAAGUUUGUUUCCAAAUGACUGCAAAAGUUUGUGCUUGUUAAAAGGAGAAAUAUUUACAACUAAGCAUUCAAAAAUGACUUUUCACAGAAAGUAUCAAUAUUUUAAUCAGUUUUAUAUACUUUUUUGUUAAUAAUUUGAUCUAAGUUUUUAGUUUCAUGGUUUAUGGGAUUUAUUUGUGCAUUGUUGAAAUCUAAUUUUAAUCAAGGUUUUCAUGCAUUAUUAAAAAAUUAUCAUAUUUUUCUGAUAAACAUUUAUCAUACGAGACAAAAAUGUAUGACUGUAUAAUUUGACAGUAUCUAAUUAUAAGUUGCUUAUUCUUCAGGAUUUUGCACAAGAAAGAAAGUAACAUUCUUCAAGAACUAUAAAUCUCACAUCAUUAUAACUUGUUAAAUGCACCUUUUAGAUGUAAGGGGGCAAAAUAUCAGAUUGAAAAUGAUUUUAUAUAUGUUUUUUGUCUUGCCUGCGAUGAAAGUUGCGGAAAGCGAGACAAAGGGAUUCCUUUGACAAUAACUGCUGUGGCGACGGCAUCAACAAUUGUUUAGUUUUCUGCUUAAGUUAGUUUGAUAGGAAUUACUUGUGAUAGAUCAUUGAUAUUUAAAUAAAGUUGCAUUACUAUCAGAACAUAUCAGUUUCAUGACUAUUUAAAGGCCCUGCCCCCUAGGUCACGGUCUGAAUUUUAUGCCAACAGGUGAGACAUAUCUCUGUGUAAACAGUUUAUUAUAAAUUUAUAUACUAAAAAUAUUUUGAGACAAUUUUUAAGGAAUACAAAAACUCUUUGAGAUUUUGUAUAAUACCUGGCCAAGAAAUGGUAAUUUUUAUGAUCAUUAUAUUUUAUACCUAAAUUUGUGUUACCUACUAGCAUAGCAGAUUUGUCACACAAAGAUCAGUUGCAAUAAACACCUAUGUUUUCCUAUUCCUAAAUUAUAAAACUGUCCUACAGAGAAACAUGGUUUGUUUAACAAAACUCUAUAAAAUUCUUUCUUGAUACAUUUGAUUUAUUCAUUUCAUUUUCCUAUUUCAUAUUCAUAUAA